AUGGCACCAUGGAGGGUGGUGCGCUGGCAGCCCGACUCCCUGUCAUUCCUACCUCUGUCAGACAAGGUUGUGGGGGGCGGGGAGGAGGCGAAAGACGCGGCGGCAGCGCUGCAAGCUCUACACGAGCUUGCUGGAGCGGCCCCGGAGGAGGCCGUCCCCGACGGGGCGGUGCCGGCCGCCCUCCCCCGAUUCCUGCGACUAGUGGGAAUGGCGGAGGCGGAGAUGGCGGGAGCGCUGCUCGGGAUGGAAGGAGGCGCCCUGAGGAUGGUGGCUCGGGUGGCCAAACAGCGGGCAAUACAAGUGACGCGCCACUGGCAGGCGGUGGGGAUCCCUCUCGAGUCGCUAGGGACGGAGCGCUUCCCCACGCUAGCCGCCUAA